CCACUCGACGCGAUCGACACUGAGCGGGUGGUGCGUCAGUCGCAUGUGGCAUGUACGCUUCGGCUUGGUUGAUAGAGCCUGACACCUUCAACAGAAUUGAAUGGCGCGAGUUCGCGAAGCCUGGAGUUCUGCCGGACUCAUACGAGGGCUUUUUCUGGACCUCCUCCUCCUGGUGAUAAGCUGGGCAUACGUCUUUUUCGCACCGUACUCUAAAGUAGAGGAAUCAUUCAACCUCCACGCUACCCACGAUGUCCUCAUGUAUGGAAUUGGGCCGGAGUCUUUGUCGAAGUAUGACCAUAUGACUUUCCCUGGGGCCGUGCCACGCACAUUUGUAGGCUCUAUCCUACUCGGCUGGCUCACAGCACUCGUAGCUUCCCUUGGAACAUCUCUCGGUCUUGUCACAUGCAAAAUGGAUCUGCAGAUCACUCUUCGCUUAGUGCUUGCCUCCAUGAAUGGUCUCGGCCUCAUUUUCAUCCGGCAUGCGGUCUCGAAACGAUUCGGCAGACCUACAAGUUGGCUAUUUGCCCUUCUGACUCUCUCCCAAUUCCACCUCCUAUUCUGGAUGAGUCGUACGCUUCCAAACAUGUUCGCACUGAUUCCUGUAAAUCUGGCGUACUUCGCUCUUUACAACCGUGCUCCUCAAUCGGUGUAUCCGUCGCAGACAAGUGUCGACGUUGCUGCCAGUCUUCUGGUUUUUACCGCAGUUGUCUUUCGCUCCGAGGUCGCAUUGCUCCUUGCGUCCCUUUCUCUCCAAUUUUUGGCUCAAGGUCAUACUACGUUUGCAAGGCUCAUUAAAGUGGGCUUUUCAGCUGCUGUUGCCGCAGUUGCAUUGACGGUUGCAAUUGACUCUUACUUCUGGAAUCAAUGGCCCCUUUGGCCUGAGCUGUACGGAUUCUAUUUCAAUGUCUAUUUGGGAAAGAGUGCAGAAUGGGGUACAUCCGCCCCACACUCCUACUUUUCCAUUCACUUGCCGAAGCUUCUGCUGGGAGCCCUUCCGUUGGCGAUCCUUGGGUUUAUUCUGGAUUACCGUAUUCGGUCGCUUCUUCUGGCACCCGUCCUGUUCGUCCUCGGGUUGAGUGCCUUGAAACACAAGGAAUGGCGAUUUGUGAUCUAUGUGGUGCCCCUCGUUAACAUCGCAGCUGCGAGAGGAGCACGGUGGCUGAUAUCUCGGAAGAAAGGAUUUAUGUUCCGAUACAUGGCGUUCCUCUCAGUCUUCUGUAUUUUUUCCCUCAACUUUGUCAUGACAUUUUUCUUCGCAAGGGCUUCGAUAGUGAACUAUCCCGGUGGAUUUGCACUGGCUGCUUUCAACAAACGAUACGCGGAACAAAAAAACGUUCACGUGCACAUAUCCAACCUCGCUGCCCAAACUGGAGCAUCUCUCUUCCUUCAUGAACACGCGCCUCCAUACAUCUUUACCGGUGGCUUUGGUCCCGUAGCUCCUCAUGGCUGGGUUUAUAAUAAGACGGAGGGCCUGACGCCAUCUAUGCUAGCCUCCUCUAGUUUUACCCAUCUCAUAUCUGAAUGUCCAGAUGUUGGGGAUAAUGAGUGGUCUGUGGUUGACCAGAUACCCAGUUUCCGAAGAUGGAGGGUGAAUGAAAAGGUGCCUUGGGAUGUUUCUUUUGGGGAGUGGAUGGAAGUUCUGAAAAUGGAGAAGGUGUCGGAGCUGUGGACCCUGGAGAGAACUAACCAGAAGUCUACGCAUCCACGACACUAAUGGCACUUGUGUAGUGCGUACCAUGUAGAACUACCACCAGAAGUGACCUGUACUCCAGGGAGCCCCUGACGUGGAAUUGUGCUCGAGUCCAUCCCGUUGCAACGCAAAAAAGACU